AUGGCUUCAUCUCGAUUAUUCAACUCUAUUGGAAGAUUUGGUAUUGGCUUGGCAAUAGCUGGCGGUGUGGCCAACUCUAUGCUUUAUAAUGUUGAUGGCGGCCACCGAGCUGUAAUCUUUGACCGUUUUCAAGGUGUUAAACCUGAUGUAAUCGGGGAAGGAACACAUUUUAUGAUUCCAUGGCUUCAUCGACCAAUUAUAUUCGAUAUUCGAACCCGUCCACGUUCAGUCCCAUCGAUUACAGGAACAAAAGAUUUACAAACAAUUAAUAUUACUUUACGUAUUCUCUAUCGACCAAAAGCUGAAAUUUUACCCAAAAUUUUCAGUACGUUAGGUUUAGAUUAUGAAGAACGUGUUUUACCAUCAAUUACUAAUGAAGUAUUAAAAUCUGUUGUCGCUCAAUUCGAUGCAAUUGAAUUGAUUACACAACGUACACUUAUCUCUCAACGUGUUAGUGAACUUUUAACUGAACGUGCUGCACAAUUCGGUUUAUUACUAGAUGAUAUUUCAAUUACACAUUUAAGUUUUGGACCAGAGUUCACAGGUGCUGUCGAAUUAAAACAAGUUGCACAACAAGAUGCAGAGAAACAACGAUUUUUAGUCGAAAAAGCUGAACAAACUCGUCAAGCAAAUGUUAUUGCUGCUGAAGGUGAUGCUCGUGCUGCCGACUUAAUUGGUAAAGCUUUAGGUGAAGCUGGCGAUGGUUUAAUUGAACUUCGAAGAAUCGAAGCAGCUGAAGAUAUUGCUGGUCAACUAUCUAAAUCGCGAAAUAUCGUUUAUUUACCCCACGGUCCUCAAAUGUUGCUAAACAUUUCAGCUGCCGGUCAAUAG